AUGACGAUGACGGAAAAGACGAAACCUGUUUCCACUUACAGCUACGACUUCCCGCCCCAAAACAGAUGGCAGAACGCAGACGACUACUGGUUUCCAAAUGAUAGCAACUCGAUUGGCGGCUCAAACUAUUCCUCUGCGGAUGAACUUUACCGCCUCUGCGAGUCCUACCAGAACAACAAUGAGUAUUCCUUCCAGCAAGUUGCCUGUGUCCAAUUUCCCUUUCAAAAUUCAUACAAUACCAAGUGCGAUGAACUUUGUGAGUGGUCCUGUAAACAGUGUAAGAAACGUGAUCCAUCAGAUCGCCGCCGAAACGCAACCCUUCGGGAGAGAAGACGCCUCAAGCGAGUGAACGAAGCAUACGAUGGCCUAAAAAGAUGCGCUGUACGAAAUCCCUCGCAGCGCCUGCCAAAAGUGCAAAUUCUGAGGGCGGCGAUCCAACGCAUUGAGCAACUGCAGCAAAUAUUGUACACGGACGAUCAGCUCAGAGCACUGAAAUCACGCGUGGAAGGGAGCAAAGUCAAACUCACUCCAUAUUCGCGGCCCUCAAAAUACUCUACCAACAACGCUAGCUCUGGAACCGAGCUCGGCAGCCUCAACGAACUAGUCAAGAAACUCGGCAGCCCAUGA